AUGGCAGCUUUGCACUGACUUGUGGUAACCAGAUAAGGUCACAUUUUAUUUUUUUGGAUAUCCAGUCUCAAAUCCAGUUUGCAGGCAUUGGAUCACUUCUUUUUCGUUUUGAUUUCUGGGGGCUAAUGUUCUUUUGCCAAUGUGUCCAAGUGAAAAAAAGAAGAAAAGAAGGGAUGGACAGGAGAAUGAGUCUUUGGGUGAAGGGUAUGCUUCCUCUUCUAGUUCAAGCUAAGUCCUCAAUGGAAAAUCCCCCAGCAUAAUCCAAAUAAUCCCCCAAAAAUUCAAUAGACGUUCAUCCUCUUCCUCUGGCGAGAUUCUUGAAUAAGUCAUCUCAAGGAUCUUUCUAUGUUUCCUUGCUAUGCUUGUGAAGUUUCUUGCUUGCCCUAGAGCGCAGCGCUUAAUAAUCUUUCCUCAGCUACUAGUACCAUCUCCUCAGUUCAUCUGUCGGCAGUCACCAGAUUGAAACCACCCAUCUUCUCUCUACACUAUUUAUUAGGUGAACGUUCCGAAGACGAAGAAGACCUACUGCAAGCACUGCAAGAAGCAUAACUUGCACAAGGUGACGCAGUACAAGAAGGGCAAGGACAGUCUCUCUGUCCAGGGGAAGCGCCGUUAUGACCGGAAGCAGUCCGGCUAUGGAGGUCAGACCAAGCCCGUCUUUCACAAGAAGGUAAAGGCUCCCCCUCCCCUCUCCGAAUCUCUCUUUUUUUUUUUUUUUUUUUUAUUUAUUUCUUAUCGAUGGUUAAUGCAAGAACAAGGCUGUUGAAUGAGUUGAUUCCAUUCGGUUCUUUCUGAGGGAGAAUUUUCUUUGGGUUUUUCGAUGUAAAAGUGAAAAUUGUGACGAAAUUUCUUCGCGCCAUGCUCGGCAGGCGAAAACCACCAAGAAGAUCGUGCUGAAGCUGCAAUGCCAGGGCUGCAAGCACUACUCUCAGCACGCCAUCAAGGUCUCUCUCUCUCUCAUACCCUCUCUCUCUCUCUAUCUGCCCCUCCCUCUCCUGGUCCUCAUAUUCAAUCUCUCUCUCUCUCUCUACUUGCAGAGGUGCAAGCACUUUGAGAUCGGCGGAGACAAGAAGGGGAAGGGAACGUCGCUGUUCUAG